AUGAACGCGGACAGAAGACGAAAUAAUGCGCCGAGCGGUGGGACUAGUGCGCCAGUCUUUGUGCGAACGAUUAGAGACCCGCAGUAUCUGGAGAAGCUGAGGCCGACGAGAUCAAGAGGCGCGAAUGAGCUUCGCAGGAUCUUCCUUCAAACGUCCAUCAUACCAUCUGCGUCGGGCUCUGCCUACCUCGAAAUACCUUCUUCUUCCCCUGCGACCAAGUCGACUCUUAUUCCGCCAACUUCAUCGCUCAAGAUCACUGCUUCUAUACAAGGCCCCAAGCCUCUUCCCCGCAGCGCACCGUUCAGUCCAUCGCUCCUUCUCACGACCACUGUCAAAUUUGCGCCGUUCGCAACACGUCAAAGGCGAGGCUAUAUACGCGAUUCGGCAGAGCGCGACCUGGGUGUUCACCUGGAGACUGCACUACGAGGUGUGAUUAUUGGAGAGAGGUGGCCCAAGAGCGGAGUUGAAGUGGUGGUGACGAUUCUGGAAGGUGAUGAGGACGGCUGGUGGGGAGAUUCCGUGAGUGAAGGAAGCGCAACUGGAAGCGGAUGGGGUCUCCUGAAUGUGUUGGCAGGGUGCAUAACGGUCGCCAGUGCGGCCAUAACAGACGCCGGCAUAGACUGCGUGGAUGUAGUGUGUGGAGGUGUCGCUGCGAUCACACGGAACCCCGAGUCAACACAACAGCAAGACUUGGCUAGGAUACUCGAUCCUUGUCCAGCAGAGCACAGGGAAGUUGUUGCUGCAUGUGUGGUUGGCUACCUGGCUUCAAGAGACGAGAUCACAGAGAUAUGGAUGAAGGGAGACGUCGGCUCAGAUCCUGAUGCUUUGAUCGAGGGAGCCACGCACGCAGCUGUGGGCAGUCUCGCGGUGGUCAAAGAGGUCUUGCUCGAGGCGCUUCAAGCUAAGUUUCAGGGCCAGAUUGAGGGAAGCGAAAGUGGUCUGAAGAGGAAGGCACAAGAUGUGGAUAUGACGGGAUGA